AUGACGCGUCAAGGUUGCGAGCGUGAACCAAAGUUUCGAGAUUUAAAACACACUGAAGGAAAAGUCAUAUUAUCCUGUCCAAGCACAUCUAAUGGAUCCCCAUCUUGUGGUUUAUCAUAUUCUGCAGAUAAUCUUUGUGAUGAAAUCACUUCAGAAAUAUCUGUUCGAAAAUUCAUCAAUGGUCUAAAGAAAAUGGAGAACGAUGAAAGCGAAUUAAAUUUUAAAACUGUGCUGAGUCAACGAAGGCCUACUUUAACUAACGAUCCAACACUACUGUCCUCACUUCUGAAAAAGAAUGAGGCUUUGUUAAAAGAAAAUACCGAGUAUAAAUCAGUGAUUGAAAGACAAACUUUACAAAUCGAACUACUGGAAAGUAAACUCAAAAUACUCCAUGCUGACGAGAGAAAAAAUAAUAUUGAAGAAACCGAUCAGAAAACUAUAGAAAGACUGCAGAAAUAUUGCGAAGAGUUACAAGGACAAAUUCUUGAAAUGAAGGAAUUUUUUCAUGACCAUGGUCUCAUGUGGAUAGGAAGACAAUCAACUGGCCAUGUAAUCAGUACAAGAAAUGAAACUGGUCUAAAAUUCAACGAAACAACCUUCAGUCGCUUAGUUCAACAGAUUUAUUUAUUAAAUGAUUGGAACAACGACGCGCACAAUGAGAAAAAAUUUAUUUCAGAAUCCAAUUCAUCUAAUAUAGUUUGCCUACAAAAUCAAUCACCGAUUCCACUAACUCUAUACGCAGAUGGAUUAUGCUUUAAUUCUGGACCAUUUCGUCCUUAUAAAAAUCAUGAUACGCUACAAUUCGUCCAAGAUAUACUGGACGGUUACUUUCCAUCAGAAUUACAAUCUUCUUAUCCAAAUGGGGUUCAAUUCAAACUAAUCGAUAAACACACAACUCAUUUUAUGUUAUUAAAAAAACCAACAUCAUUUUCAGCCUGUGGUUAUAAACUCGGGAGUUCUUUAACAAAUGAACAAGAUGUAGGUCAGGAAGUUUCCUUCAGUAAUGAGAAACACAUACCAAACAAUGAUAAAAACGAAGAACUCAGUAUUGGACAAAUUGAAAAUCAAAUGAAAGCAGAAUGUAAUGCCACAUCCAAUAAACUAACUUCAAACACAUUAAGUACUAAUGGGCGAAAUAAAUCUUUAACUUUUGAUGAAUUGCUAAAACGUUUACCGGAGUAUAAAUUAACAAAAUCUGGUCAGCUGUUAAAUAUUAGAAAAGACAUAAAAAGUGAAUUUGGUGAACAAAUUAAUGUUCCGUCAACUAGAAUAAUUAAAACUGAUUACAUAUUUAAAAAUAACACAAUAGACAAGAAUCAAUUAAAAUCAGAACUUAUAACAUUAAGGAUUUAUUCGGAAAAUGGUUUGCAAAUUUACAAUGUUGAAAUGCAUCCAGAAGAUACAAUAGGAGAGUUAUAUGAAACGUUAGAUCAUGCUAGAUCGAAAACAUUAUCAAAAACCAACAGAAAUUAUCGUCUUGUAGCUAUGUCUUUACUAAACACUAUUGAAAAUCCCAAUGAACUAUGCAAUCACCAAAUGUUAGUUGAUCUUUCUGCAACAUUGGUUGCGUGUGGCAUAGUAGAUCGUACGACGCUUCGUAUGGAACUAAUUCCACAAGAAUUGACGAAAAAUCAAUUACAGUUUGAUGUUAAUAAUGCUUUAUCAGCUAAACGGCUAAACUUAUGGAGUCAAAACGAAUCAAUAACACCAAAUGGUACAUUGAAGUAA